AUGCUGUGGACGGAACUGCAUCGCCGUGGCUGCUCGGGUCCGAUCAUCGACUGGCUGCGCAGCCUCUACGAGAACAUGCGCUACAUCGUUCGCUCCAAUGGGGAGACCUCGGACGACUUCGAAAGCGCGGUGGGUGUCCUUAUUGGCGACCCUUCCUCCCCAACACUGUGGAACCUCUACCUCGCCGACUUCGACCCGCCGGCUCACCCAGACAACCCGAUGCUCGGGACCACGCGGGUGAACGACCUCGUCCACGCCGACGACGGGGUCCUGCUGUCCUUGAGCCCACAUGGCUUACAAGCGCACCUCACCUACCUCUUCACCUAUGCCGGCCGAAAGCAACUGCUCACGAACGCGCUCAAGACGUACCUCAUUAUCUUCAACGUGCUCCCCACUCGCGCAUUCGCCCUGUAUCUCGGCGACAAGGCGCUCACGUACGUUUGCGAGGUGACGUAUGUCGGGAUUCCACUGAAAUCCGAUACACAAAACAUCUGCACGUCCCUCUACGACAAGAUCAAGACUAAGUCCACGCGCGCAUCAUGGGCGAUUACCGGCAUGGAGAAUGUGCUUAAGGACCUGCCCCCUGCCGUCGCGCGGCUGCUGUAUACGGCCCGCAUCGACGCACUGCCCUGCGCCGGCGCGGACGUGGUCCCGGACAUGGACGAUGGCGUUAAGGAGCUCGAAAAGAUCCAGAUCAGCUUCCUACAACGCACGCUCGGACUCUCCGGUCAUAGCAUGCACACACCACCAUUUACGGAGCUGAAACUGAUGCCCCUGCGACAUUGGCGAGCCACGCUCGCGCUACGCUACCUACGAUACGCCAUCGAACAGCCGCCGGGCCACCUGGUUCACGCCGCGCUCGAGGAACAAAUGGCGCUCUUCGGCACCAUCCACUCAUGCUGGUUGGGCGAUCUUGCACACGCCCUCAAACGUAUCCCCGCUGUUGAGCCCAUUCAAAUGCCCUCGCCCGCGAUGCUACGCCGCCCCGGUACCGUCGAUGGCCUGAUCGACAGGAUCGAUAAGGCGUUGCGCGCACAGCUCCUCGCCGAUGUGAAGGAAUCGCCGCGACUAUACCUAAUGAGGGACCGUCUCAAGCCACAAAAACGCGGACCGCCAAAGAAGGCGCUGAUGCAAUUCCGCCACUACCUGGGCCUUCGCGACAAGGACGAUCGCAAAGCGUUUGUGCGGCUGCUCGCCAGCGAGCACCCCCUUCCCUCUGGAAAAAUUGCGACACUCCCACUCGCGCAACAGCAAGACAUACAAAAAGGUCAAUCGCGAAAGGCGGCUGUGUCGCUUCUGCGCUACUGCCGUCGAGUUUUCGGAGCACGCUCUCCUCAUGUGCGUGCGCCCCGCUAUUCUGCUUGA